GACGGUGAGCAGACAGACGCCGGGAACUUCUAACGGAGGAAGCGUGACAUAGUUCGCUUUUAUUUAUUUAUUUAUUCAUUUGUUUGUUUGCGAGGUAUUGAUUAUAUUCACAUCAAAGAUGAACGGGAUGACGAGAAGUCUGUGCACAGUUGAGGACAUCAGGAAUCAAGACUAUGGGGAGGGGUGCAGGCGACUGCGACUCACACUGCACGACCAGAGCCAGGCAGCUCGGAGCACAGAGCAGCAGAGAGACAAGCCCGUCGGACGAGCGUUUGCACUGGUGCAGCCGUCCAACGACAGAACGGUCCUGACCUCCGAACCGGUCAAAUCUACAGAGGAGCAGGUCGAAGUUAUCAAGGUGUAUCUGGAGGCCCGCAGACAAGAGCAGCAGAAACACCAGCAGAGCCUGAAGAUGCUGUCAGACGAAGUUUCACAGAUACAGGAGGUGAGGUAUUGCCUGAAAACACUGAGGGAGCAGAUGGCGGCCAAAAGCAAGCCGCACACAAAUGGGUGGAAAGUCGGUGUUCCCUUCAGAAAGAGCGUCUCAUCUGCCCCAAAGGGAGGAGCUAAAGCUGACGGACAGGAUGCAGAUGAUGAGGCAGAGAGAACCAAACUGAGGGAAGUCAGUAAGCGCUUGUAUGCACAGCUGCAGGAGGCUGAGAAGAAACACCAAGAGGAGAAGGAGAGGCUGCAGGCUGAAGGCAACAGGCUGAGAGACUGUCUGAGCGACCAGGAGGAGAAGUUGAAGACCACAGAAGAAGCCAGCGAGAGGAAAGACAAGCGCAUCGAUGAGCUCCAGAGGUUGCUGGGAGGGAUGGAGCAGGAGAGCGCCACCCUGCGGGAGGCAAUCCGCAGCCGUGAGGAGGAGCUCCGCGAGCUGCGCAAGAUCAGAGAGGAGGGCCAGAAAGGGGACCAGAGGGCUGAACAGUUGGAGAGGGAGGUGGCUAUCCUCAAAGAAAAGAUCCACCAUCUGGAUGACAUGCUGAAAAGCCAACAGAGGAAAGUCAGACACAUGAUUGAACAGCUCCAGAACUCUCGCAUGGUGAUCCAGGAGAGAGACCGCGUGAUCAAAGAGCUGGAGGAGAAAGUAGCAUUCUUGGAGGCUGAGAACCGAGAGAUGCAUGACCAGAUGGACUACUUCCUGGGCGGACAAAGGUCAAGUUCCUACCUGUCAUCAGAGCGUAACCCCCAGAUUGUCUAUAGUAAACCAAUCAAGCCAUCCACCUCAUCUAACAAGCCACUUCCUUUCAUCAAAGUCAUCGAGAUCAAGUCAUGAAGCGACUGUGACACAGUUCUCGAGUGAAGGGCUCAGAACCAUCAAACCUUUUCAGACUGAAACCAAACAGCAGCUCUACUACCGCAUCUGAUCGCAUGAGCGUUUGGGAUGUCAGAGCUGAGCUUCCUGGACUGCAACUACAUCAACACUUCCACUUACCCCAAACACUCCUGAAGGAAACUCACACACAAACACACACACACACACACACACACACACACAUGCACACACACUGGGGUCAGUUGUAUAUUUGUGCAUGUGUCAUGAAUGAGUGUGUGUGUAUGUCAGCUUUAAUGUAGAUGCAUUAAGUGUACUGAUACACCUGAUGUGAUGUCAAAGUUUUACAUAUAAUACAGCUUACUGUAUGCAAAUGUUUCCUCGCCCUGCCCUGUUUUGAUCACAUUUUUGACCUUUGAGUUUAUGGCGUCUGCAUUGUUGUAUCAAAACACAACUGUUGUGCAAAGGGCAGGAUGUCAGCCCUUUUUCCAAAGUGGGUAAUGACAUUAUAAAGUCCAUGUACAGUAAUGUAGCACCAAUAUACUGUAGCUGGCUAAACUGACAGUUCAGUUUCUUCUAAAGAAAAAAAAUCAUUAACCUGAUGAUCUGAAUCCUGUGUCUGUUUACUCAUUUGUCACUCAUACAUGACUCUGUUCACUUUAAUGCGUGAAUGGUAAUAUGCUUUUAACAUGUAAAUAUUUGUAGCCUAUAUAAGGUCAACACCUGUGCUGUGAUGAAAAGAGCUGUUUUUAAAUAACAAUAAGGCACUUAAUGAAACUGAGGAAGCAGAAGGAAAAAUGAACAUGUUUGGCAGCAUUGCUGCUUCAUAGAAGUGUCGUCAUUCUCAAUAUUUCUUACUAAGCAUUUCAGUUCCAUUGUGUAUACAGUCACCUUGUUUUGUACAUAUUAAUGAAUGUGAUUUGAUGUUCUAACUUCUGCCUAACAACUUUCUCCUUUGUAUUUAUUUAUAUUAAAUAAAAGCCUCUAGACACGUCGUUUGAUAGAGGAGAUUUUCUAUGAAGUACACUGUAAUCUAUUAUCUGUUAUUGUGGUUCUCAGAAUAAAUUACUGAAAUGAA